AUGGCAGCUAAUGGCUCAUCGGUAUUUCAGCAUGCGCUCCAGCUGUGGAAGCAGGCAGAUUUGCCCAAUCUACAAGAAGGCUUAGAUCAAGCAAUACUUGAAGUAAAGCACCAUGAGGAAGAAGCCCUAGAAUCGCGAAAGACGCUUGCAACUGAAACCAAAGCGUUCAAGAAAUUGGAUACGGAUGCCAGACUGCUGCAGAUUAACAAGCUGAUCAAGAUGUAUCAGGCGGAAGUGGAUUCGCUGACCUCGCGGUUCAAGUUUACAGAGCAGAAGCUAUUUGAGGUCUACGGUAGGCUUACCGAGGCCCCUGAUCCCCAGCCGCUGCUACAGUCAUCGUUGGACGCGCUUCAAGGAUCCGACAACAUGCGGCAACUCCAAAAGGAGAACGCAGCUCUGAAAGACAAGUUGACCAAAUAUGCAGACUACGAGAAUCUAAAGGCGAGGUUGCGAGAGGUGGAACAAAAUUCUGCAAAGACCUUUGCAAGGCGGCUUGUAGCAAAGGAGCAAGAGGUCAAUUCUACAUGGGAAGAGAAGGAGCGUAACUGGGAGAAGAAAGAGGACGAGCUGAACAAACAAGUGAAAACCCUAAAGGAAACCAACAAAGUACUAAACGACAAACUCUCGAAGAAGAAUGGACUAGACUCCGAGGACCAGGCGGACGGCGAUGCUGAAUCCAAAUCGUCUAAUUCCCAUGUGGGUGCAGCAGAGUUCCGUCUACUAGCGGAUGAGCUUGAGUCAUCUCAGGUGCGGAUUUUGGAUCUUGAAAAAAGGAAUGAAGAACUUAGCGGCGCUUUGGCGAAGGCCUCCAGCGCAGCCGAACGUGACUCCGAAUUGCACAAUAAAGAUUUACAGAUUAACCAUCUGGAGAGCGAGAAUGCUCUGCUAACGGCGUCCUUGGAAAGAGAGCGCAGCUCCCUUGCCGAGACUAGAAAAUCGUUAGGACAGCAGAUCCAGACGAUUAGCCAAGAAUUGACCUCGUACAAAGGUGAAUUAACCACCGUUCGUCGGAAAUUAGUGACAUACUCUGACUAUGAGCAGAUAAAGCAGGAGCUGACCGCUCUGCGCAAAAUAGAGUUUGGCGUGGACGAUGAUAAGCCAGACGAAGACGGAGAUCUUGGUUCUGCGCUCACCGCGGCCAACAAGAAACUCCAGUCCAGUCUUGCCGGCUUGCGCAGCAGAAACCAGGAUCUCGAACAGAAUAACAACCUCCUGGUCGCACAGGUCAAGAACUUGAAAGAGCAAUUGCAGGAACUUGAAGCACUAAACGCCAAACUAGAGAAUGACUUAGGUAAGGUGGAGGAUGUCGCUAGGUUCAACGAUAACAUGAGCAUGAUAUCAGGCGCCACAAGACAUAUCACAAACAGACAGGGAUAUGGGGGGAAACUCUCACCAACUAGCUCGAUCAUCGGUAUUCCGGAAGAAGCCGAAACUGUUGGGCUCACGUCUAACACCUCAAUUUUGCCAAUUGUCACACAGCAGAGGGACAGAAUACGGAACAAGAACAUGGAACUUGAGCGGCAGCUGAAGCAAAGCUCCCUUGAUCGAGGCAAACUGCUGGCAGAGGUAGCGUCGCUGCGGAAAGAUAACCAGAAAUUGUAUGAGCGCAUAAAGUACAUAUCGUCCUGCAACUCCGGCCUGGGCGAGAGUACGCGGGAAGUAUCGACGGGCGUGGAUAUAGAAUCCCAAUACCAAACCGGCUACGAGGAAUCCCUCCACCCGCUCGUGCAGUUCAAGAAAAGUGAGCAAGAACGCUAUACCAAGGGCCGGAUGUCCCAGCCAGAAAAGCUUUUCUUUACUUUCGCAAACGUCAUCCUAGCUAAUAAGACCUCACGGUUAGUCUUCCUAGCAUACUGCAUUGCCCUCCACGUGCUGGUAGUCAUAACAGCGGCGUACUCUGUGAGCGCCACUCGCGCGGUGGGCAUGUGA